AUGAGUAUCUUAAUUCAAAGCGCCAAUUUUAAUAUAUUAGUAGAUCCAGUAUUGUCUAACCGAAUUGGUUUAUUCAACCUAGUGGGUGUGAAAAGAACAGUAAAGGCAGGAAUAAGCUUCGAACAUCUACCAAGCAUUGACUUCAUCCUACUAAGCAACAACCGAUUUGACACAAUGGACAAAAGUACACUAAAAAAAAUUGUACUCAGAGAUAACAGCAUAGUUAUUGGUGGUAUGAACAUUCGAAGAUAUUUAUUUAAAAGGAGCUUCCCUGUGGUGUAUCCCCUAAAUUGGUUUAACAAAUUAGAAUUUGAAAAUUUGUCCUUUUAUUAUUUGCCCACCUUAACAAAUAGCCACCGAUAUGUUGUCGACAAAAAUGUAUACCUUCCUGGAUCCUUCUUAAUCCAUGAUAGUAAAACGAAGGCAACCAUUUUUUAUAGUGGCCACUCUGCGUAUUCGAACCAUUUUUUGCAAAUCAAAAGUUAUGUUAACACUCUUUUAAAAGGGGAAACCAUCGAUUUGUCCAUUUUGCCAAUUGGGAUUUACAAGCCUAGUGCGUUAUAUGCCCAUUUUCACAUGUCCCCUGAGCAGGCCAUACAGAGUCACCUCGAUUUGAACAGCAAAGCGUCUCUAGGCGUGGGCAUGGACGUUUUUUGCCUAGGCGGGGAAAACUACAACGAAGCUACCACGGAGCUGUGGAAUCAGUUGGCUAAGUACGAACAUGAGCGGAAGGAAAAAAUUAACUUUGUUACAUUACAGCCGGGACAAAGCAUCAUGUUGUGA